UCCACUUAUUAUCCCUCAAAUUUAGUGAUAACAAUAUUUGCAGCUACGAAGAAAUAAAUUAGUUACUGUUUCAAACUCUCAAAAUAGAAAAUUAAAAAUAAAAUAACUUGUACGAAGGUGAGGUAAAUGGUAAACACGAAAGUGUGAUCUUUCUUGAUGUGUGGAAUUUGGGCAGUAAAUGGUAAAUACGACUGUAAAACUCAGGACCCUCUCAGCCCAACGUCUUCGUCAGAGUUUUGAGUUCUACAGUCGCCUCAAAAUGUUCUCUCUCUGUCCUCUCCACCCUUCACCUCCCAAGCCGUCUCUCCCUCCAUCUCUCUCUCUCAACCCCCAAAGCUUCAACCUUUUCUCGAACCCAAGCCUAAUAAGAACCCGCUCUCUCCGCCCCAAGUCUCUGAAAAUCCAAUAUCUCGACGCCGCCCAGCCCUACGACUACGAGUCCAAAGUCGCCGCCCAAUUCCACGAGGCCCACAUGCUCAAGAUCGCCAUCAUUGGCUUCGGCAACUAUGGCCAGUUCCUCGCCAAGACCCUCGUCACCCAAGGCCACACGGUCCUCGCCCAUUCCCGAUCCGACUACUCCAAAACGGCGCAGGACCUCGGCGUUUCGUUCUUCUCCGACCCACACGAUCUCUGCGAACAACACCCACAAGUCAUUUUGCUCUGCACCUCCAUCCUCUCCACCGAGCCCGUCCUCAAAUCGCUGCCUCUUCAGCGCCUCAGGCGAAACACCUUGGUCGUUGAUGUGCUUUCCGUGAAGGAGUUCUCCAAGGCAUUGUUGCUGAAGUUGCUGCCUGGCUACUUCGACGUCGUCUGCACCCACCCGAUGUUCGGGCCCCAGAGCGCCAAGCACGGGUGGAAUGGGCUCUUCUUCGUGUACGAAAAGGUCCGAAUUGGGUCCGAAGAAUCGAGGAUUUCGCGGUGCGAUAAGUUGCUGAACAUUUUUGAGAAAGAAGGGUGUAGAAUGGUGGAGUUGAGCUGCGCCGAGCAUGAUAAGUACGCGGCGGGUUCGCAGUUUAUGACCCACACGGUCGGGAGAGUGUUGGGGAUGUUGAAAUUGGAGUCGACCCCCAUAAAUACUAAAGGGUAUGAGACAUUAUUGGAUUUGGUGGAGAACACAGCUGGGGAUAGCUUUGAUUUGUAUUACGGGUUGUUUAUGUACAAUAAGAAUGCAUUGGAGACGUUGGAGAGAUUGGACUUGGCUUUUGAGGCCCUGAAGAAACAGCUUUUUGGGCAUUUGCACGAUGUUGUGAGAAAGCAAUUGUUUGGCAAUGCAGAAAAGGCAAGAACUUUGCAAGAGGAUUAUGCGAAGCAGGCUCAGAAUGGAGCUGCAUUGGUAUCUUCUUCAAAAGCUUUGAGAUCGCCAAAAAUUGUUCGGUCAGAUGUCCAAAAAGCACAGAUUUCUGAUGACAACUCUAGGCUAAAGAUUGCAAUUGUCGGUUUUGGAAACUUUGGUCAGUUCCUUGCUAAGACGAUUAUACGCCAAGGUCAUACGGUUCUAGCCUUUUCUCGAACAGACUACUCAGAUGUGGCUCAGAAAUUAGGUGUUUCUUACUUCUCUGAUGCAGACGAUCUGUGUGAAGAGCAUCCAGAAGUGAUACUUCUUUGCACAUCUAUUCUGUCAACUGAAAAAGUUCUGAGGUCAUUGCCACUGCAGAGGCUGAAGAGAAAUACUUUAUUCGUUGAUGUUCUUUCAGUGAAAGAAUUUCCAAGAAAUAUGUUUCUUCAAACUCUGCCGCUGGAUUUUGAUAUUCUCUGUACGCAUCCUAUGUUUGGACCAGAGAGUGGUAAAAACGGGUGGAAUGGUCUUUCUUUUGUUUAUGAUAAGGUCAGGGUUGGAAGUGAUGAAUCAAGGGUAUCACGCUGUGAUCAAUUUCUUGAUAUCUUUGCACGAGAAGGGUGCCGAAUGGUGGAAAUGUCUUGUGCAGAACAUGAUAGGCAUGCAGCAGGGUCACAAUUCAUUACACACACUAUGGGAAGGAUUUUAGAAAAGUUGGGUUUGGAAUCGACACCAAUCAACACAAAAGGUUACGAGACUUUGUUGAAUUUAGUGGAGAAUACAGCAGGAGAUAGCUUUGAUCUUUACUAUGGCUUGUUCAUGUACAAUAUUAAUGCAAUGGAGCAGUUAAAGAGGUUGGACAUGGCUUUUGAAUCUUUAAAGAAGCAGCUUUUUGGGCGUUUGCAUGGUGUUCUGCGGAAGCAACUUUUUGAGAACGCAGAUAAGUCUCAAGUUAUGCAGGAACAGGCCUUGUUGCCAAAACCAUCCCAGAAUGAAUCUGCACUGACACCUUCUCGGGAGUCUCUUAACAUUCAGAAGAAUUAAUUGUGAUCAUCUUCUACCUCUUCGGGUUUCACAUAAAGCUUUGUGGUGGUGUUGUAACCUGAUAGCUGCAUCAGAACAGAAGGAAAUCAGUGAAAGACAUUAAUGCUGGUAUGCAAUCAAGCUGCUGGAGGUUGGCUCCGUAGUAACUGCAUCGCAAGGGCAUUUAUACUUGUCGUAGCUGUUGGAGCCACUCUCAGUGAACGGUAAAAGAUUUUGAAAGUUGUGGUUGGGGGCUGGUUGUUCUUGUGUAAAAAUCCCUACCUGUGGCAGCUCUCCAAUCAGUUCAACUGGCAGCACGUCAAAGCAAAAUGUUAUUUGAGCAGUAUCACUUGGAAAAAAGGCCAUCAAGAAAGGGGAGCCCUAUAAAUUUAAGUGCAACAAGAAGUACAUGGAGAAGGACUACCCCAAGUGUUACAUUGUUGUUCAUUUUGCAUUCUUUCCUCUUUGGAAAAUGUUGAAUAUCCAGCCAUUCUUUUAAAGAUGAAAAAUAAAAAUGUUUGAUGUUAUGAUAAUAAGGGCCUUCUUCC